AUGGGAAAUGCAAGCACAAAGGAGUCCCGCGCCGGGGAUGCUGGCAAUCGUGCCCAUCACCCCGGUGCUGGCACCGCCCGCGAGGCCGGCAGCGUUGCUCUCCUGCAAUCCGAGAGAGUGUCGAGCCGGAGGAACAGGGUCAGCCGAGGCGACCUAGGAGGCAUCUCGGGCCUGGGGUUCGGGCCCGGAUCAGGCUCCCAGGCGGAACCGCCCUACGAGCGUCGCGAGACCAAACAGGAGAGGGAGGCACGGAGGCUGGAAAGAGAACGGAUUGCGAGAAUUGCCGAACGGGAGCGAAGUAUGAAGGAAGAACACGUCGAUGGCGGGUAUCUGGUCACCAUGGGAACAUACACCACUCCAGAGGACUUCAACAAGCAGAUUGUUCGACAGCUCCAGAUUGAGCGGAAGUUGGCUCCCUUCUGGCGUGGUUUAAACGACUACAGCGACCAAUGGACCGAGCCUCAGAUCAUUGCUGCCGCGCGAGGCCUGCGCGUCCCCCCCCCAGACCAGACCCCUCCUGAUGAGCUCAUUCCACGGCGCCCGGCCAGCUACCAUGCGGCAACACCUCCGAACCUGGACAGCUUAACGGUGCCCAUCGGUGGCCGCUCACAAUCCAUCGCCUCCGAUCACGCCUCCUCCAAUCCUGCCUCUGAACUACCAUCGCCUGUUUCCAGCCACGCUAGAGCGAGUUCCCCAUUCAAGCCUCGCGGCAAGGCUCUUGCCGCCGUCUUGGGUGGAGGGUCUCGGAACGCGUCGACAACCGAUAUCGUGCCCCGCGAGAUCAACCUGCCACAUGAUCCUUUCGUCAACGGGCAGCCCAUUGAGGUGUUUCUGUACAAGAAUGCCAUCGAGUGCCCCAUCUGUUUCUUGACCUACCCGCCAUAUCUGAAUCACACUCGUUGCUGCGACCAGCCGAUAUGUAGUGAGUGCUUUGUUCAGAUCAAGCGGCCCGACCCGCAUUUUCCCGAGGGACACAACGAGAACGACCCGAACCACAACCCCGAGGAAGCUGCAGGCCUCCUGGUCUCGGAGCCCGCCUGUUGCCCCUACUGCACACAGCCCGAUUUCGGCGUAACCUACGAACCGCCCCCUUUUCGACGGGGCGUAACGUACUCCAUAUCACCCGCUGCGGUGGGAACGACGAGCGCGGCUAUGUCCUCGAGCAGCUCGGUCAACUCGGCGACUCUGUCCCCAGGACUCGCGUCUCCUCGCAGUGGCGGUGGCCGCCGGCGGAACCAGUCUCUGUCCGCCAGCAGCCCGGCUGUCAUCCUGACGGAUCGAAUCCGGCCAGAGUGGGCAGCCAAACUGCAGGCAGCACGGGCCCAUCAGGCAAGGAGAGCCGCCGCAGCCACAGCGCUCCAUACGGCGGCCUUUCUCAUGGGCAAUUCGGAUAACCGAGCGUUCCGCAGCCGGUUUGGGAGGCGGAACACGGGUAGUUCGGGAUCGGCAGCGGUCGGUGGAGCCAACAACCCUGAUCCUGAGAACGGGGAUAGCGGCUCCGGAACACCUUCCCAAAGCGGCCCGGACCGCAACCCAGGGGGAGGAAGUCGCGGCCCACUCGGCGAUGGCGGAAGCCGGCGCACUCGACUCGAGGACCUUGAAGAGAUGAUGCUCGCCGAGGCGGUCCGUUUGUCGCUCGCGGCGGAAGAGGAGCGCAAGCGGAAGGUGGAGAAGGAGGAAAGAAAAGAGGCCAAGAAGCGGGAGAAGGAGGAGCGCAAAGCUGCCAAGGCCGCUGCGAAACAAGCUGGACCUUACGAGGGUUUUGCCAGCAGCGGGCAGAGCUCGGCGAGCGGGAGUAGUCUUAGCCUGCCUGGCUUCGGGUUUGGAAGGAAGCGGGGUAAUAGCGCUGCCAGCAACCUCCGGAUCGAGGCCAGCGUCGCUAGCGCUAUGGCCGCCGGCGAGUUCCCGUCGGAAGCAAGCUCCAAAGAUAAAGGGAAAGGCGUCGACCGCGCCGCCUCCACGCCUCCCGAGAGUGCUGCUCCUGACAUGCCCGCCGAUCCGACCGUCUCAGGUGGCCCGGCCGGCACGUCAAAUCCGCGUCCGAUACCCCACCUGCCCGCUGGCCCGUCUCACCUUCGGCAAAUGAGCAACGCCUCGUCGGUGUCUUCGUCGAUACUCGAUAGCCAGCACAACAGUUAUACCUCGCCCUCUCUUCUGCAGGAUCCUCGCGGCAGCGGCCUCAGUCUUGCCGGUGCUAGCGAUGACGGCGGUGACCACGAUCGGGACCGUGAUCCAAGCGCCAGCACGGAGCCGAUGUUCAAUUUUAGGAGUCUGGCUGAGGUGGUGGGCGUAAGUCUGGAGGGAGAAAAUGCCGGGAGACGUCUCAGCCUGAUUGAAGCGGAAAGGAAGGCCAAAGAGGCCGGCGCAGGUCAGCCCCAGGCAGGUGAGGUUGGGGCAGCAGACAACGCUAGGCGGGCAGAAGAAGGUGUCAUCGGGAGGUCGUCAAGCGGGACGAUGUCAACAAGUCAGCCGGUCGAAGUUACGGCGGACAAGAACAGCAAAGGGUCCGGUGAUGAAGUUAGGGCGGAUGCCCAGACAGACACAACGCCUGCCACCUCGGUUUCUCUCAUUCCGCCCCCGACGGUUACCAUCACGCCUGACACGCCCGCGGCUGCUGGUACUGAGGAUGACUCGAAACAGCUGGGUUGUGACUCAGCCGUGGAGCGUGUGCAACAGGCAACACAAUAUUAG